CAGGUGUGCUCCCUGGCACUGUCGUGAGGAAUUGUAUUUCCUAAUUGGGACAUCAGUACCCUGGAGUCCUUCAAGCCACUGUCACAGGCUGCGAAUCCAUCGCCACGAUUGAUGCGUCAGGUCGAUGUCAUGUUGGGACUUCCAAGCAACAAGUCAAUGGCUAUAAAGGUCUUGAGAGCACCGACUGUCAAAGAUUUUAAUAGUCCACAGCAACACAUCAAGUUCAGCUUUACCUAGACCGCUUCACCACUUAUCUUCAUCAGUUAUCAUCACCAAUCAGCUUCACCAAUCAUCAUCAUCCAUCACCUUUACCAAAUCAGACAUCAUGGCUACCAUCGAGACUCUUCUGGCCCGAAACAAGGCCAUCACCCACACUCCCCUCCCAUAUCUGACAGAGCUCCGCGCAGCUGGAGCUCCUCCUCCCCGGACUCUCAUCGUAACUUGCGUCGAUCCUCGCUGCGUCCCCGAGGCAUUCUUCGGCCUUAGCCCAGGAGAGGUUGGUGUCCACCGCAAUGCUGGCGGAAACAUUCGACUUGCUCUCCGAGAUAUCAACAUCCUAGACACCCUGUUUAAGCUGGAAGAAAUCGCCAUCAUUCAUCACACUGACUGUGGCACGACCCAUGUCACCGACGAGAAAGUCCGCGCUAGCCUGAAGGAGAUCGCGGGUCAGGAACACCACACUGACAUCGAAAAGAUGGAAUUUGGCUCAAACACCGAUAUGAAAGCAAGCGUGAAGAGCGAUCUUGAGUGGAUUCGGGCCAGCCCGUUUGUUAGAGAGGACCUCAAGAAAGGCUGCCACGGUUUUCUGUUUGACAUCAAGACUGGAGAGCUUGAGAAGGUCGAAACCGACUAAUUACAACCCCUAACGGGAGUGGAGUAGGGGCUCUAGAUUGUUAGUGGUGUGGCGGUGGAUUCAGGGACCGUGGCUAGUUUGGGUAUCUUGAU